GAAGACAUCUGAAUUGAAAUGGCCAAAGCCGGUCGCCGCGCACGGGCGCGGGCGUUAGCAAUGGCGCGCGCUGCGGCUCAGAGGCGGCAACAACAGCAGGCCGCGGCGGAGGCCGCGCACGGCACGUCUACGAUCGAGAAAUUGCCCGCGGACAUCCUCGGCGUGCUGUUUGGUUGUCUCGGCUUUCAUGCUUCACUGGCCGCGUCACACGCGAGCAAGACUUUGCACAAGGUGCCCGACGCCGCGACGCGGGCGCGGCACCGCCUCACGCUAGGCGCGAUGCCGCACCGGUGGGGCGGAGAACGGAACCUGCGAGACCGCGACUGUGCGACGGAGUAUCUAUGCCUGGCCCCGAUCGAGACCUCGGACCCCCCGGGCCGCCCUCGGCGCCUAUAUGGUAACUGGCGAGAUGAACGACAAGAUCCCCCGGCGCCUCAGAUCGGCCCGCGAACGCUGGUCUGCGAUAGCUACCAUGAGGAGAGCCUCGAGGACUUCUUUGAUCCGAAGUACUCGCGCGUCGUGCUCCGAACGUUUACAGACCAAGGCGGCGUUUACCCCUUCAUCGUCGAGAUCGAUAAGCGCGCCGGAGAGGUCCUCGUAUACGAGUAUCCGGCCGUUGACGAGGAUGGGGAAAAACUCGAGUUCGGCGAUUUGCAGGACUUUGGUGGUAUCUUUCGGAGCGUCAAUCUUGACGAAAUGGUGCCGCUCGAGCGUUACGAGUGUGUUGGCGUCUUCGUGGGCGCUACCUGUCUAGACGAUGACGAUCGUGCUACCUUGUACAAGCCGUGGCGGUCGCCUCACUUUGGCGGUUCGAUUCUGCUGCAGAUGCCGGUGACCGACCACGAUGGGCAACGGUACGGCUACGUGUUUAUCGGUGACUGCUGUCGCUACUUUGAAACGCCCGAGCCUAUCACGCGGUACUUUGCUAAUGUGUCGGGCAUGAGCCACCAAAGCGAAAUUGCUUUGACGGCGACCUAUGCUCUCUUCCCGACCAAGUGGCGUUGGCAUGACGGGAAACGUUCUAUGCCAUACGCCAGCCGGGCGGUCUUCGUAGAUUUUUAUCGCAAUCACUAUGAGCGCUUGGAGAGCGAGUACGGCGAAAACGUAUGGGAGCUCUGCCAGGCCUGUUGCCACGAAACUAUUCCUAAGCCGCAUCCCUAUUUGUCAGUCACGAUACACCGCUGGAGUUUCCAUUAUUACGAUUGGAAACGAAUCUUCGAAUGGCAGCGCAAGUUAUCGGGAGAUGAAUAUGAUUUUCAGCAGAAGAGAUGGAUUCCGGGCCCUCGGCCCCACACCGUCAAUGAUGUGAUAGAGUUUCUACAGGAGGAUUGGGCUGAGCGUUGCGACUAUGUAGGCUACGGACGGGGUCCGGAAGGGGGACACUAA